UAAUGAUUUCUGUUGACAUUAGAGUCAAAACAAAGAAGGCUGAAGGAUGGCCCAUUUUUUCCCUAAGAGUUUUAACAAGAAUUUUCCCUGUUAUGGCUUGUCAGCUGAAACAAAUGGGUCGAAUCCUGAUUAACUUUGUGUUGAAUCGCAUUAUCCCGUCUCUUUCGCCUCCCCCCCGUGAAGCUAUCUAACAAGCCUCGUACCAAUAGAUUUGUGCAGAUAACACGGGGGCAUUGUGGCGACGGGCCGCGCUACAAAUCCUUAAUUACAGCAUGGGGGGAUCGGGUGACUCCGCCAUCCAAUACCGGGCUCCCCGCGCGGAGAGGGCUCUUUGAUCAAGAAAAUCCAAUUAUUUGUGUAUAUACAUUUCCCACAUAGUGAUUACUUCAUUAAUUGUCCCGCCUUUAUCUCCAACCUGCCCAUCCCCCCUAAUAAUCAGCCCUUUUAUCCAGACCAACAAACACACCAUAGGAGCUUUGUGGAUUCAAAGGAUUUGCUUCCCGCUCUCAAAGAGCCGCUAUUCUUUGAUGAUUGGGCAGCGGCAAACUUCAAAGUAAUAAAUCUUCCUCCUGACUGGCUGGCGGCCCACCAAAGUCCUUAUCAAAUCCUAAGAAGUGAUCCUUCAGUCCCUCAGAUGGUCCAAGGAUAUCUGGAGGAGAGGAAGCGCAGGGACUCCAGUUUUCUACAAGAACACGCUUUUGUGUUUCCCCCAGCGCUCCGACUCUUCGCCUGAGACUGUGAGGAAGAACGCAAGCAGAAAGUUUGCCAUGGCAGCGGUGGCUGUGCUGAGGAACGACAGUCUACAGGCGUUUCUGCAGGACCGUACUCCAAACUCUUCACCGGAGAACAACAAGCAUUCACCUCUGGCGCUUUUAGCAGCUACGUGUAACAGAAUCGGGCACCACCACCACCAUCACCACGCAUCCAACCCAGCCGACUUCAUCCAAGUUCCGUACGACGCGACCCUGGGUUCUCCAUCGCGCAUUUUCCAUCCGUGGAGUAACGAGGCGAAUCCUCAGCCCACUCUUUCCAGCAGUUCCUCUUUCGGACUAUCAUCUAAAGCUCCACUUUCCGCGCACCUCCAAGGCUCCUACAGCUCUGCCCAUGAGCUGCCGUUAACCCCACCGGCUGAGCCCUCGUACCCUUACGACUUCUCGCCGGUCAAGAUGCUACCUUGCUCCGUGCAGUCAUUACAAGCCACGUGUCCGCCGACCUACGUCCCCGCUGUGACGUACACGGCUCCCGCACCCAUGCCACCCACCGUGCCAGCUUUUGUAGCCGGCCACUCGGGCCUGGUACACCAGCAGCAGAGACAGCUGUCCCCAAAUCCGGCCGAGGACAUCCCGUGGUGGAGCUUGCAGCAAAGCAACGCUGUGAGUCACCCGUCGUCCCUGGCGCCUCACCGUUUUCCUCUACAGAGGGGUUUAGUGCUUGGCCACACGGACUUGGCGCAGUACCAGAGUCAGAUUGCAGCUCUGCUGCACCCCAAAUCCCCUCUCGCUUCAGCGCGCCGGUGCCGCAGGUGUCGCUGCCCAAACUGCCAGACGUCUAACUCGAGCGACGAACCGGGUAAAAAGAAGCAGCACGUGUGCCAUGUUCCUGGCUGCGGCAAAGUUUACGGCAAGACGUCGCACCUAAAAGCGCACCUUCGCUGGCACUCCGGAGAGAGACCGUUCGUGUGCAACUGGCUCUUCUGCGGGAAAAGUUUCACUCGCUCCGAUGAGCUGCAGAGGCACCUGAGGACACACACCGGAGAGAAGCGCUUCGCCUGUCCCGACUGCUGCAAGAGGUUCAUGAGGAGCGACCACUUGGCCAAACACGUGAAAACACAUCAGAACAAGAAAGCCAAACCUCACGAAAAGAGCACCGAACACGUUAAACGGGAAGACACGAGGCACAUAUAAAGGACUAAAACAUGGACUGGUGCGAUAUCCGGUUCUCCUGACAGCGCACAGGGCAUACACAGUGGACUUUCUGAAAAUCUGCAAGUUUCUUAACAACCAGUGCAAAUUGGGGGUUUUUUAAGACCCCCGUGAAAAGUCGCACAGCUUUGGAAGCUACCUUUCUGGACUUGUAAAUAUGAUUUUCAAGUCUGUACAUCAGUUCUCAUGGGGACUUUGAAAGAUGUUUCAUAUCCCUGUGCUGCCCAUAUAUCACUAACAAGUUUUGAACUUGUGUUAAGAUCUUUGUCUUCGGUGGAAGAUCUCACAUUGACUGUAAAUAUAUAUAUUUAAUAGCUUUUGUUGAAGGAAAGUGUCAGUUUUUCGCUCCUUGUGGGGUGUUUUAGCAUGCUAUAUUGAAAAGAAGCUGUUAAAUUGCUGUGUAAAAAUAAAGAACUUGAUCAUCUACUUAAAGCUGAGUAGUAAGUAAGAGAUUUUCACAUCAGGGUGAGGGGGAAAAUACAGUUUAAGAUCUUAAUAUCGGCUUCCUGGUUUUAGCAAGCCCUUCAA